AUGCGGCCUUCUCGGUUUCUCCCGAGUUUAAGGCGCUCUUUUUGUCGAAGGGCGUUUCAGCUGGCUUUAUUGCAUUCAUUUUCCCUGAUUCCAAAGCCAGCACCAUUGGCUGUAAACAACUACGUGGUCUCGCCAGCAAGACCGGUGCCCUCUCUUUUUUGUAUCACUUCCAACAGCCAUUUUGAAGAUGGCGGCACCUCAUUAAGCCCGCUUUUGAAGGACUUGUAUCCAGAUAUUGAUCAGAUUUACAGGAAAGAGGUUAACGAUCUGGAAGAGUUUAAAUUAAUUAGGGAUCAAGUUAAGUCUUUUUUUUUCCAUGCGCAUCCUUCAUGCGAACAUUUAAAAGAGCGCAUUGUCACGCUUGUCGACGGCACGCUGCAUUCUUGCUUUGUCAAGCAGAACUCAAUUUUGGCGGUCGAUAUCUUUUUGUUUAUCACCAAAGUGUCUGAAUACAUGAAAAGCAGAUCCAUGGAUGAUAGCUUUAUUCCGUGGUCCGCCGUUUACUCUUACUCUUUGAUGUCCAUUCUCGAGACACUUUCCAAAGUGAACCUAGAAAUACUUUGUGGAAUCUCUCCACAUUGCAGGCUGUUGGAAAUCCGAUAUCCCAAUCCGAUAUUGUCCCAACAGAGUGAGGAUCGGCUUUUGACCAGUUUUACAAAUUCAUGUGUCAACGUGUUGAAAUAUGCCCACAAUAGCAGUGUCCACACGAAGCCAUCGUCGUUUGCGUUCACCUCUUUGUCAAACGAUGAAAUCUCAAUCCCAUGUGGUCUUGUGAUCCAGAUUAUGUUUUAUAUUCGAAGCACGGCUUUUCACGAUAAGAUCGCACUCAAUUUGACCUUUUACGAGCGGCUUGUGGACAGCUUUUUGGGAAAGGGAAUUUCCCCAGCCACUGCAGAGUCCCUUCUAACUAGUAUUGAGAUGGAAUCUUGCUCCGCGGCAAAGCUAUGCAUUCAAAGGAAAAUAUUCCAUUACCUUGCGUCGCUGAGGAGCACAAGGAUAUUGCACCGCUUGAAGGAAACGGGCGGCCAUGCAAAAGAAAUCUAUCAUGACAUUCCCACAAUGAAUAUCAUAAUUUUGAACCUAUUUAUUCGAUCUCUAUCUCCCUCAAACUACGGCAAAAGAUAUUCAUCAACCAGCAAAGAGGAAGAUGAGCUUUUAAAUAGAAAGCGCAGGGGAGACUUUUCGCUAGCAAUGAAGUUUUAUUCCCAAAUAAUAAGCAAUUCUCAUCCUUGCAUUCUCAAAUUUUGUGUGCAAAAAGACUUUCCGCUGAGGGAUGGCAAAAGGACAAGCCCUUUCAGCACCCAUACCCUUUGUGAUUAUGACCAUUUGCAGCUUCUUCAGCAUUCCACAGGCUGUGCUUUACUCGCCCAAGGCCGUACUAUGGAGUCCUUCAAGAUAUUUGAAAGCCUUUGGGAGCCUUUCACUUUAAAGAGUGUCAAGCAUUUGUCCCUGCUUCGCGCUGGAUUUAUUGAAGAUCUUUUUAACACUUGUUUUGAAUUUUCCGUACAUUUGGAAAGCAUCUUUUUGCCUUUGAUGAGGAUGCUUGGAUUUUCGGUAGAAAAAAUCGAUUUAAAUAGCCAUACUACUGGCUUGUGGGGCGAUCUUUUCAGCACGCGUCCGUCUGCAAUUCGACCUUUGUUUUACAUUCUUGCCUGCGCCUCUUCAAACGACUCUGCUCUUUUCUGUGCGCGGCUAUUGACUUCUUGGAAACAAUGGAUCUAUCGUUUGCAUGACGAGUAUCUUGGGUGUGGUACCACAAUUUUGCUUCCCUGGUCACAUGACAAUUCAAAACCCAACGGAGUUGUCUUUGUUGAAGUAUCGAAAUCGACAUAUCCUGAACUGACUCGGAGAGAUUUCCUUUGGACCCCCUUUUUACUGGAUUUACUAUUUCCCGUCAUUUACCACUCAAUAAGGAGCGAUCGAAUGAUGCUGUAUUCGCCAUAUUAUGGCGGGAUAAGUGGUAAAAACGGCCUUCCUUUUUCAUUUACCCCCUUUUCCGAUAUAUAUUUCGGCUCUUUAUGCUCUGCAAGCAGAGGAAGAAAUUUUGCGGUUUCUCCUUUUGUGCUUAAAUUUGUAUCGCUUUUUCUUUCAAAAGAACUGAUUUGUUCAUCACGCCCUGUUUUUUGGAACACCGCCUUUACAGAUCCAUGUACGCCACCAUUUAAUUUUUGCGAAUUGUUUCGUUUUGCGUCCAAUUUUGGCGGCGACACCUAUUUUACAGCCCUUCAAGUCCAUCUAAAUGCCUUUGAUGAAACGCAUCUUUCUUCUUUGGUGGCAUUGUGCUCCAAGCUGUCUUUUGAAGUUUUUGCCAAGGCUGUAUGUUUUUACACAUGUAGCCUUGAAAAAGGCCAAUUCGACGCCGUAAAAUCAAGGCUAAUUUUCCUCCUAGCUGGGACAAAGUAUGCGAUUUUUUCUGGCGAUAUUUCGGCUUUAACGGAAAAAUCGCCAUCCCAUGCGAUUACCCCACGAACUUCAUAUGCACUUGUUGUCUAUUAUUUUAAGACCAUCGCGCUUGCCAGGAAAACGGACACAAAAUUUGGUGAACUUCAUAGGACCCCGUUGCUUAGUAGAUCGUCCGUUUUAUUAUGCAUGAAGGCUUUGGCUUUGUCCAACCACUGGUAUGAUUUUUUUACUUUGGUGAAAAACUUUAUCGCUUUGAUUCCGUUCGGAAUGAAGGGAAUCUUAUGGACUCUAAAGGAUAGCUUCCAGUAUGUCUCCACGCCCGAUUCGGAUUUGCUUUUCCCCAAAGUUAAAGUUGGGCUCCAAGGGCUUCCCGAGUUUGCCAUGCAUGUUCCAAUCAUCGGAGACACUGAAAAGGCAUCGGUCGCUGUCGAUGCACUGAUUGAUGUGCUGCAUUGUUCGAAUUUGUUUAUUUUAAACAAAUUCGAGCUACAUCAGCAGCUUUGUUUGCUUUUCGAGACCAAGCUUAACGUUCAAACCGUAUUUUGCCUCCGCCACGGUGCUGAUUGGGACCGUAUUUGUUGUUUACUGGUUGAGCACUUGGAGAUUCCCACGUUUUCAGUUUGCUCUCACGCACAAGGAUUAUCCUCGGAAAAAAUCUCCAAAAAACUUGUUGUCAAAGAGGUGAUCAUCGAACCUCUAAAGGCCAUUGUGGGCACUACCGAUUUUAUGAAGUGUCUAUCAAAAGCUAUUAACCACGAAUUCGAGUGCAUACAUCGGUGA